AUGUCACAUUUUUUGGACGAUGAAUUGCGUGCACUUAGCACUGCACAACUUAAGCAAGAGAAGCAGAAUACAUCUUCUCAGUUACUUCACGUUCAGCAACAAAUCAGCGAUUUGGCAUAUGGAAAUUAUCGGAUUUAUGCGGAUGCCGGAAGUACCACGGAGCGGUGUCGGGAACUGUUUGGAAAAGCAAGCGAUUUGGUUGAAGAUAUUGAAAAAGAGAUCGAAUUGGUACGAGAAUCUAUGAAACAGUUUAAUUCCAAAAAUGAUGAAGUUUUACAAGAGCUUCGUUAUCUGGAACUUGCUGAAAGUAAAAAUUCUCACUUGUGGGAUGUUCUAAAUUUGCCAACGCGUAUGGAUACCUGUAUUCGGGCAGGGUAUUAUGACAUGGCUUAUUUGUUAACGAAUUAUGGAAUGCAGUUGCAAACACACGGACUUACCAAAAAUCCUAUAAUUAAGCGAGUUGCUGAUAAGCUAAUCGAAGCUCGAUAUCAGUUGUUGGAUGAGUUGUUCAACAGAUUUGCUGGACCUAUUGAUUUGGCAAGUAGUAUUCAAAUUGUGAAUAAUAUCCGGAAGAUUCCUUAUUUGUCUUUAACGCAAUUGCGUAUUAUGGUUUUGCAAUACCGUGAUGUGUAUCUUGAAAAGCGACUUUCGGAUAUUCUAUCGCAGCCAGACUUCAUUCUUCGCAUGGUUGAGAUUUAUCGUGAUUGUAUGUAUGACACACUGGUCCUCUAUCUAGCUGUUUUUCCUGAAAAUGAAGUAAACAGACGACAAGCUGAUUUGUCGGUGAAUCAGCGAUGGGAUGUUUGGCAAACAGCAACUUCUUCCGCAAUCCUUAAUGAAUGGGCAAUUCAUAACCUCGAUGUAAUGUUCAAUCGCAUUAAGAGUGUUAGUAACGAUGUGCAGAUUGACAUUGGCUCUCUGACGAGUAAAUUAAUGAGUUUUGCCUUAUCGUUUGGUCGAAUGGGAAUGGAUUUUCGACCACUGAUUGCAGAAAACAUCGAGGAAUUUGUCAGCAAGAGAUUCUCCUUGAAAGUUCAGAAUGCAGCGAAUAACUUAAAACAAUGUAGAACUAUAGAAAUUGAUGGAGAAAUACCGGAUGCUUUAUUCGUACCCGGAACUCAAAAUGGUAAGCAGCUGUCAGCUCCUUCAGUACUUGCAUUCUGGGAUGAUUUAUGUAUUUACGGGAAUACCUUAAUUGAUGCCUUAAAUGAAUUGCGAAGUGGAUUAUCACCAACUCAGAUCAAUGCAGUUCUAAGGGAGUUGACUAAUUCGUUGAAGGUUGUUGUUUGUUGGCUGUGUGAUAUGGAAGAGCUGGUUGAAAAAGUAGUAGGUUUUAAUUCCUUCAGUCGUUGUAGUUCUGCAAUGCUGAUGGCUGUGAAAAAAAUCAUGGACAAGGCAAUUAAAUUAUUAGGGAGAUGUUUUAUACCAUACAUUAAUGGCUGCCUGUUGGCUUUAUAUCCAUAUGAAAAAUGCUGUCGACCUUUUUAUCAUACUUCCUGCACACUAGAACUAUAUGAAAAAAAAUGUGUUAUACAGAUUAAAGAGAUUUGUAGCAAUUGUCCUAAUUCAAUAAUAAUUGAAAAGUUAAUGGAAGAAGCGAGUCAUCCCAUGAAUGGAUAUGUUAGAAGUGUUUCAACUCUCGCUAAUGGAAAUGCAGAAGUGAGCGAAACAGAUAUGCCUGACAACAAUAGCGUUUCACAAGAGGAAGUUAUGCAGAAGUUAUCAUUGGAUGAUGAUGUAAAAGCAGGCACACAGAAAGAUGAUAAUCAAUAUAAAGCAAAUGAGCAUUCUCUAAUAAGCAAUUCAAGUGGAAGUUCGGGCGUUUAG